AUGUCUGAUAAGAGAAUUCUCUUUACUUUUAAGCUCAGUCGCCUUAGAAAACACCUGUUAGUUUAUCGCAAUAAUAUUAAAAAGGCAAAACUAUAUAAAAAAUACAAUAAAAAUAAUACCUAUGACUUAAACAUAUAUUCCACUAAUGAUGAAAGUGAAAGUACUAUAUUAGAUGAUAGUAAUAGCAAAGACACAUCUAUAAUUGAUGAUAAUGAGUAUAACUUAGAGACUGAGAAAAAAGCAGAAAUAUUGUUUAGAAAACUAACAAGACAGCAAAAAUUAAAAGCAAACAAAUUAGCAGCAGUAGGAAGUCAUAAAAUAACACAAUUUUUUAGCUCAACAAAUAAUAUAAAUCUGAAUGAUAAUGAAAAAAUAAAAGACCAGUUAGAUUAUAAAAGUGAAAAUGAUCCUAUAGAAGAAUCUGCACAAUAG